AUGAACUACAUAUUUGUGUUUUGUUUGAGCGCGUUGUUCUUCCUCGUUUGUGCAUCUGCAGAUUUCGGAUCUUCGAAAGAAUGGAUAGAAAUAUUACGGAAAGAAUUCGAGAAAGAACUCAACAUAAACGAAUCGAAGUUAAAAGAACACAUAGCCAAUGUUACAAAAAGUGAAGUUUCUGUGUCGGAACAAGAAGUCGAAUUCAGGCAAAGGCAUCAAAAUCAAAUUCGCAUAAUUGAUGAUUAUUUGACUUGUACAAGGAAAUGGUCGACUGGAAAGAUGCAAAGAUCUUGUGGAUUUGAUGCAACAGUUACAUAUCCUGAAGGUCUUGUGGAAGUAGGUAGGCAGGUUGAACGUUUACAAACUGAUAUAUCCGAGUACAAUCACCGUCUCAAGACGGUUAAGUUGAAAUGGAAAAGGAACUUUGCUAUCACUGAUGAUGCAGAAUAG